AUGAUCGUUCCCGCUUUGCGUGCUGGUGCAGUCCGCCAGGCCGUCCCUAGGGCGAGUGCUAUUCAAACGCGUGGACUGCUGAACAGCGUUUUGUAUGGCAGCGAACAGGCAAAGAAAGAAGGAGAGCUUGAGAUCCAACAGUAUUCGAGAUUGAUUGGUCGUGGUAAAUACAUCCAUGGGUUUGAAAUCCACCACGUCAAGCCGGACAAGGUUGAAGAAUAUAAAAAGGCCGCUGAGAAACACUACACGGGACUGUUGGCAGAUUCUGAUUUGCACGUCAAGCUGACUGGUAGUUGGGAGGUUACAGUGGGCAAAUUGGAUACUUUUGUUCACAUUCUCGAGUAUGAGAACUACAAAGGUUAUGAUCGUACCACUCAGGCCGCAAGAGAGUCUCCAAAGAUUCGCGAGAGCGAGGCAGCAUUACGUCCGUAUCUACUUUCCCGCAAUCAACAACUCUGCCAAGAGUUCGCCUUCCUCCCGUCGAGUCCUCCUCACGAACAAGGUGGUAUUUUCGAGCUUCGAUCAUACACUCUUCAACCAGGAAGCUUGCUUGAAUGGGAAAACGUUUGGCGUAGCGGUAUUGAAGCACGCAAGCAGUUUGUAAAACCGGUUGGCGCUUGGUUUUCUCAAGUUGGGCGGCUCCAUGAAGUCCAUCACCUGUGGCAAUACCCGGAUCUCGAAACGAGAAAACUGACCAGGGAGAGGGCAUGGAAAGUAGAUGGCUGGAGCGACACUGUGCAUAAGACGAGUCAAAUGGCACGGACCAUGGACUCGUCUAUUUUGGCUGCCCUCCCGUUCAGCCCAUUGAAAUAA